AUGAGCUUGAUCGAGCGUGCCUCGCGGCCGGAGAUGCAUGCAUCUUAUUAUCGCUACAAUCCCUCACUGGCGCCAGCUGUUGUUGCCGCAGUUUUGUACACACUCGCCUUCAUCGGGACUCUCGUGCAGUGGGUUCGAUACAGGGCAUGGAUUUGGGCUAUCAUGGUGAUCGCCGCAGCCACCGGCUGGAUCAGUCGAUGCAUUUCAGUUAAGGAUGUGACCGACAAACCAUCUUAUUCCGUGCAGUUCGGUCUAGUAAUCCUCGCUCCAGUUCUCAUGGCCGCUUGUUGCUACAUCAUCUUCAGUCGCAUCUUGUUCCUGAUUGUGCCUCGUGAGAGACGGACUUUCAAGCUGUGUUGGGUCCCGCCUCGGUUCAUCACACCGCUCUUUGUCGGAUUCGACAUCGUUGCCCUCCUGCUUCAAAUGGGCGGUGCCAUUAUGAUCACUUCCGUUGAUGACGGCGACAAGAAUGCGAGAGAUAAGCUGAACACCGGCAAGCACGUCGCCCAAAUCGGUGUCAUUGUCCAGCUGGUGGCCUUUGGUCUCUUCGCCGUUGCCGCCGUCCGCUUCAAUUUCACUUCUAAGCGCUUCACCGAGAUUGUCAGGCAGCGGUAUGAAAGCUUCGGCGAGAAAGAGCACCUCAUCGGGGGUGUCGCCAAGGAUAAGCAUUGGCCCACUCUGCUGCGAGUCGUCAACUUCACUACAAUUUUGAUUCUUGUUCGGUCGAUUUAUCGACUGGUGGAAUUCACGGAAGGCACAACAGGAUAUCUCAAUACCCACGAGUGGCCCUUGUACAUCUUCGAUGCUCUUUGCAUCUACCCUUGUGUGGCCCUUUUCGUCUGGUGGCAUCCCUCGCGGUACUUGCCAUGGAUGGGACUCCGACUCCCCAAGGAGGCUCGGUAG